CGGGAAAAGCCUCAUUUUUCAACUAAUCGUUGCUCAUUAAUAAAAGGGAUCAAUAUUGCUGCUGCUCUCUCGCACUCUUUUCCUCUCUCCCACAUCGGAAGUUGGUCCUGGCCCAAGUGCACCCGUUCCGUCUGCAGCUGCCGACGACGACGAGAAGCCACAAAAACCAAAAACCGGUGGCGGCGGUUCGAAAAUUGAUGAGCGAGGUUCAACGGUCGUCAUUUAUAAAAAUGCCCUGGGCGAGCGGCUAAUAGUGGCCGAGGGUGGUGGCCAGCACCAGAAUCGACCACCGACACCGGCGCACGAGGAGUCCGAUUACAAGACUGCUGCCGCGUGGGACUCGAGUGAGAGCAGCGUUUGCAGCAGCAUUCUGGUAAUUGACGAUAUGCGGCAAUCGUCGGUGCCAAUUAGGACACCGGGGGGUCGUGCUGCGAGUAAUGACAGUAACGAGCCAAGAAAGUGGCGGGAGAUUUUCGAGCAUCAGCUAAGCCCUCGCGGGACUAACGACGCCGGCCGGAAGAGGACGAUAAAUUAUGAAUUGUCCCGGGAUGGUGCAAGCGAUGCCACGACGUCUGCCAUCGUCACCCAAAGGAUACGGGCUUCCCUGAAGGAUGACGACGAUGGGGGUGGUGGUCGGAGGGACGGCAUGAAGCCAUCGUUGGUGCUUAAGUGCGAUCCCAAGACGUACGUGCUCAACCUGAAGAUUAAGGUGCCUCGGGAUUCGGAUGGGAAGAAGCAGGAACAGCAGUCUGGUGAAAGCGGGUCGAAGAAGUGA